AGUCAUUGGCUCCCUGCGGUUUCCUUGGGGACGUGGCGCCGCUGGCGGCUCAGGCCUUUUUCCGGCUGGGCUGAAGGCGGUGGAGAGUCGCACCGGACCGAGUGGAGAGGUGCUGAGGUAGCCGUCGGGCCACUCGACCGGCUGCAGGCUUAGGAGAUGCCUGGGACAAGGAGACCACCUUCUCAGGGCAAAAGGAAAAGGAGGUGACAGGCAUUGAGACCACUGAAGGGAACCCAUGGCUAGGAUCAGUUUUUCCUACCUCUGCCCAGCCUCGUGGUACUUUACUGUGCCCACAGUGAGCCCAUUUCCCCGUCAGCGAGUGGCAUUCCUAGGACUCUUCUUCAUAUCCUGUCUCCUUUUACUUCUGUUGAUCAUGGACUUUCGACAUUGGGGUGCCUCAUUGCCACGAGAUAAGCAAUUCGAAAGGUAUUUGGCUCGAGUGGGGGAGCUUGAAGCGACUGACACUGAAGACCCGAAUCUAAAUUAUGGACUUGUUGUGGACUGUGGCAGCAGUGGCUCCCGGAUUUUUGUUUAUUUCUGGCCAAGACAUAAUGGGAAUCCCCAUGACUUGCUGGACAUCAAACAGAUGAGAGAUCGCAACAGCCAACCAGUGGUUAAAAAAAUCAAGCCAGGAAUCUCUGCAAUGGUAGACACUCCAGAACAUGCCAGUGAUUAUCUCCGUCCUCUGCUGAGUUUUGCUGCUGCUCAUGUGCCUGUGAAGAAGCACAAGGAGACCCCCCUUUACAUCCUGUGCACAGCGGGCAUGAGGCUCCUUCCUGAGAGGAAGCAGUUGGCCAUCUUGACUGAUCUGGUGAGAGAUUUACCGCUGGAGUUCGACUUCCUCUUUUCACAGUCUCAGGCAGAAGUGAUUUCUGGGAAGCAGGAAGGGGUUUAUGCAUGGAUUGGAAUCAACUUUGUUUUGGGAAGAUUUGACCAUGAGGAUGAAUCAGAUGCCGAAGCUCCCCAGGAAUUGGCAACGGGACGCAGAAGGACAGUAGGGAUUCUGGAUAUGGGAGGAGCCUCUCUCCAAAUUGCCUAUGAAGUUCCUACCUCAACCUCUGUCCUUCCUCCAAAACAGGAAGAAGCUGCAAAGAUCCUGCUGGCUGAAUUCAAUCUGGGUUGUGAUGUACAACACACCGAACAUGUGUAUCGGGUUUACGUCACGACCUUUCUGGGUUUUGGGGGCAACUUUGCCCGGCAGCGCUAUGAAGACCUUGUGCUGAAUGAAACUCUUAACAAAAACAGGUUGCUGGGCCAGAAGACAGGUCUGAGUCCUGACAAUCCGUUUCUGGAUCCUUGCCUGCCCGUGGGCCUCACGGAUGUGGUGGAGAGGAACAGCCAGGUCCUGCAUGUCCGGGGAAAAGGAGACUGGGCGACUUGUGGGGCAAUGCUGAGCCCCCUGCUGGCUCGCUCCAACACCAGCCAGGCCUCGCUGAAUGGCAUCUACCAAUCGCCAAUUGACUUCAACAACAGCGAGUUCUACGGUUUCUCUGAGUUUUUUUACUGUACAGAGGAUGUGUUGCGCAUUGGUGGCCGCUACCACGGGCCAACAUUUGCCAAGGCUGCUCAGGAUUACUGUGGCAUGGCUUGGUCAGUACUGACUCAGAGAUUCAAGAACGGCCUCUUUUCAUCACAUGCGGAUGAGCAUCGACUCAAAUAUCAGUGUUUUAAAUCGGCUUGGAUGUACCAAGUCCUUCAUGAAGGAUUCCACUUUCCCUAUGACUACCCAAACCUACGGACAGCCCAGCUGGUAUAUGACCGAGAGGUUCAGUGGACGCUGGGAGCCAUUCUGUAUAAAACACGGUUCUUACCACUCAGGGAUCUACGGCAGGAAGGUGUCCGACAGGCUCACAGUAGCUGGUUCCGUCUCUCCUUUGUCUACAACCACUAUCUCUUCUUUGCCUGCAUCCUGGUGGUGCUCCUGGCCAUCAUCCUGUACCUUCUGCGGCUGCGCCGAAUUCACCGUCGACAAACUCGAGCCUCAGCCCCAUUGAACAUGCUAUGGAUUGAAGAUGUGGUGCCCUUGAUUGGGGUCCAGGUGGGGCCAUGAGGUUGGGCAAGGACGAGGGAAGCUCGCGUCCUCCAGAGUUGCUGCUCAUAGUGUUCCACCACUUUCUUGUAUUGGCCUGAGACGCUGCUUGGCCUGACCUUGUGGAUACCUGGCCUUGGAAUUUCUACUUUAGUAUCUACUUUAAUUCCUUCUGUCUCCAGGUCCUCUUAUCUGGGAGAAGCUGUAAUUUGGUUUGUGAAGAACUAAAUAAUGAGAGAUUGGUGCUAACAAAGGUGGCCAGCCUUAGUCCAAUUGAAUCAUGCUUCUUCUGCUCCUUUAUCUGAGAGGUCUGGUGUGCUCCUGGGAUUCAGAUUUUUCUCCUCUUGCCAAAGCGUGAAGUUUGGCACGGGGCACACUGGAAACUGGGUUGACACCAAACUUGGAGCAUCUGAUGCAAAGCUGAAGACAUUCUAGCAAGCACAGCAGCCCCUUUUUUCUCUGUAACAGAGAUAUCAUUUAUGUGGAGAUCCACAACCUUUACUAGGGAGCCAAGAUUCUUUGUAGUUCAGUGGAACAGAUAUGAAUUUCCAGGCAACCAAAAUAAUACAACUUCCUUGCUUACUUGACAAAGAAGCCAUGAUGAGUGUGGUCCGAGGGCCCUGACAGCGUUGCUGAUGUUCGUAGGUGAUUUUAAAAGGUUAGAACCCCUUCUAAAUGAAUGGUCCAUCGAAGGUUUUGACAGGAUCUUAUCUGAUGUCUGGUAGGACCACAAUAGAAAAUUUCCCCAUGUCUAUGUGCCUCACAGGCUGUUCGGGCAUUAUUUUUUUGUGUGUGAGCCUUAAAUGUGCUUGUAGGAUACAGAAGCUGUGAUUCGGAUUGGAGACCUGGGUUUGUCUGGUUUCAGGUCACUGUCCUCUCUAGGCCUGUUUUUAAAAAUCCUUAUACAGGAAGAUUCAGAAGAGUUCCUUUAUUUCACUGCUAAGAUCAGUAUGCACUUUGGGAAGGGAUGUAUUUGGGUUGUUUUUAAAGAAGGAAAGAACAAUGUUAGGAUAAUGGGCAAAGGCAAUAAAACCCACGCUCUUAUUUAUUAUUGUUUUUCUGAGAAAUAUAAAUUUUCUCAAUUUGACUCUUGUCUGAAAAGAAGCAAACUCUAAACUUUGGAAUACAUAGAUAAAUCUGUUCAUAAGCCACCUGGCAACUUUCAGAACCUUUGUUAAGAGAUGGCUCCACCACAAACAGCAUUUCCGUAACUGGAGAGGAAAAGCCAUAGUAACUACACUUUCACCCAUGAAGCUCCUCCACAUUUAACCUUUAAAUUGCAUGAGAAUUUCUUAUUCUUCUCCUGCCCCCCAUGGAAUCUUCUUUAUAUUUUGUCCCUUCCUAUACGUCCUGCCCAAGAAUAUGCUCCCAGAGUUGAAGGAACCUUGUUUUCUAUUUUGUCACCUUUGAUUUCUAGAAUUAGAUGAAUAGGGGAAAUGGAAGGGGGAAAAAAGUGGAAUUCUAAAAAUAUAAGUUCCAUACUGGAAGGAGAAGGGAAUUAAAUGCUUCAUAAAACAGAGAAAAAGAAACCAAGAUCCUCCUAGAAAUAAACUAAAAAGAUGAAAAGAAGUAUACUGACUCUUGGUUGGUAGGUGAAAAAAGAUGAGUCUUGAAUUGUUUUCAAAUUCGAUAAAAAUGGAUCUAGCGAAGAGUCUGAACGGUUCCUUUGGAAAUAUUUUUUACUUUUCAUUAGGGCUUCUAUCACAGCAAUUUCCUUUAAUUUUUAAGACUUCUAAAUUGCCUUGAUUUUUCUUUGACUUCUUAAUCUUUGUGUUACUGUGAGUGAGCUCUUGCCUUAUGAAUGCUGCUUAUUAAUCAUGUCAAAAUAUGUUUUUGCUAGCCAUUGCCCACUCAGGUAGCUCUUUCUUUUCCCCUUACCUUUAUUUCAAGUACUAUUUUUAGUUUUCUUGUCGUCAGUGAUGUAGUCAAGUUACCUUAAUUGGCCAACAGUGAUCACUUCUGUUUGCUCAAAAUGAAGUUGAAGCAGGGAAGAGGCGGUGAUUAGUCCAAUUUGAAAGCUGUUAUUAGUAAAGUUAUUCUUCAUCCUGGUUAUAAUAAUAGCUACCAUUUGUUAAGCAUUCAUUGUGUACCAGACACUCUGUUAAGAAUUUUAUGUAUGUUAUUUAAUCAUUAUGACUGAUUGAUAUUACUGUGCUCUUUUUAUAGUUGAGAAACUCAGGAUACUUAUGUUUAUCAUUUUUUUCAAUAUAAAUGUAUUUCCUAUUCCUAAUUUAUUUUAAUUAGGCUUUGAGUUUUUGUGUAGUGUGCUCCAUCCUGUAUGUUAUUUUAAUAUUAUAGGAUCUAGGCUUGUCUUUAUUACCACGAGUAAAACUUCUGAGUCCCAUGGUAUAAAAAUAAGAUUUUUACCAGACCCCUCAAAAAAAUUGAAUAUAUGCUUUUGGUAUUGGCUCCUGUGCUUCUUCCAUUGCUCCCAAUUGAUUUUAAAUGAAAUCUCAUUAGCUAGAAACAGAAGCCAUUUAUUCCUUGCUGAGGGCCAGUUAUAUAGCUUGCUUUCUCUUGAUGAAAUAUUCUUGCUCAUAGAGUCAGACAGUCUAUCUUGCCUUUAACCCUCUUUUAGCCCUCAGUUUUUAAAGAUUUUAGUAGAUUUCUAUUUGCAGUUCUGCGUUUUGAGUGGUACCCUUGUUACUACAGUUAUGGUUCCGUAAGAUUCACAUUCCACUGGUUACUUUGAAUCCUACCAACCAAUCUUCUUGGUAACAGCAAAUAUGAGCCUGAACUGUUUUAGUACUUUUAUUAUUACUAAGACAGGUCACAAAUGUCAAAAUCGGAGUCAAUGGCUUAUAGGAGUGAUGCUUUAUUUGUCUCAUCAUGUCACAACCCAUCACGUUUCUCUGAAUUCUUGUCACUAGGGCAUAAGGGCAAUAUGUGUCAUAUCCAGUUAUAUGGCAUUACAUUCACUUAAGUUGUCGUUAACUCUAAGUGAAAUUAUACCAUUUUUCUCUCUGUACCUUAGCUCCUAGAAUUGAUUUUCCUUGGUCUAGGUCUGUGUAAUCACUCCCCAGCGUGUUUAUCCUUCUGACGUCAUCCAAAGUACUUUGACUGUCCUCUCCUCGGCCUAAGAGCUUCCUUUAAUUUCAAGGGCCUCAGGCAGUGAUUAUUAAAAUGUGGUUGAUUAGGCCUGCCUUACCCUUGCUAGGCUAGACUUUUUACGCAUUAACAUGUAUUAUCACAUUCAUAUUUCAUUUUCAAAGUAAAAUAACUUACACUUCUCACUGUUAUCUAAAUAGAUGCGCCCCCCCCACCCCUAUUCUCAGUUUUGUGUUUUGCUUUUUGUCAGGAGUGAAAGACAGGUGGGUGGUAUGAUUUAGGGGAAAGAACUGGAGACUUCAUGAACAGCAGAUUUGGAUGCUAAUCGUGGCUUUGUCAUUAACUAGCUCUAGGACCCCAGGCAAGUCACUUGCCCUCUCUGGUUCAUUUCUCAUCUAUAAACCAGGUUGGCCAGACACGAUGAUUGGAGGCCAGUUCCAAAGGGAGAACCACUGGCCUAAGGAACUGAAGGCAGGAGAGAAGGUAGGAAAGUGAUGUAGUUUCAGGAAGAGGAUUUUGGUUUUUGGUUUAGAAGGCCAGGUUGCCCAAAAGAGCCAGUGUCAUCUGCUACUUUAUCCAUAGCCCCUGACAUUCCCUGAUGGGAAUGGCAUUUCCAACAGCAAUCAUUAUACAUAAAUUUCAGAUGAGAUUUUUAAAGGGAUUUUAGAGGUCUUUCUGGGUAAAGCCCUUGAGUUUAUGGAUGAUGAAAUUGAGGCUCAGAGCAGUAGUAAUAUGUGCCAAGCCACAGUGAGUGACUUCAGGCAUCGUUUUCUCUAUUCUCUGUAACACAGACACACCUGUGACAGCUGCAAUGAAAUGCUCGUUGACCGAAUCUUCCCGCAAGUUUAUGUAUUUCAGCAGAAUCUGUUCUUUAUAACACAGCUGACUGCAACUAACCAUGCCCAAUCUUUUUAACUGCCGCUGAUACUCAUUUUUGGUCACUUUGCUCACAUUUAGGAAUAAAAUAUGAAAGACUAGAAAUAGUACCAAGUUUUCACGACAGCUAUUCUAGCUUCUCUGUGUUUCAUACUUUUAAAUUUUAGAUGUCGCUUUUAAACAGUUUGCUUAACUUUGUACGAUUUUCCGAACCACAGCAUCCAAGCAAUUCAUGUGAAUGGUUACAAUUUGAAUUAUGUAAGGUGUAAUGCCUGUUAGAUCUACCUCAGUAAGGAAUUUGGUUGUAAUUCUUGGACGGUUCCCAGACUCCCUGUGGAAACAGAGUGCUGUUUCUUUUUGCUGUCUUUGAACUUCUUUUCAAACUAAUUCAGGACUAGUAUCUAAUUCCCUUUUUGCUGUGGCAUGUAUGUAACUUCAGUUGGGAUUAAGAAUUAAGGUAGAAGUAGCAGCGGGUGUCUCAAAUUCUCCCAGAUUAAUCCCUUAGAUGAUGCUAGUUUCAGAAUCCUGCUACUGGGGCCAUAUGCUGUCAAACUUGUGAGGAUUCUGUUGGUGUUAAAAAAAAAAAAUGUUAAAAAAUGAGGACUUUUUUUAAUUUCCCUUGUAUUAUUACCCAAGUGUUUCCCUUUUGCCCUAAUAUUUCAUUAUUUCUCAGUUUGUCAAUACCCUUAUUAGAGGGACAGAGGGGGAAUACAUCUGUUUACCAUUUUGUUUCUCUGGAAGUCUGAGCAAUAAGGAGAUCCUUUUAUUUGUUAAAUUGAAUCAUUCCUCCUACUAUAAGGGCUUUCUACCUUUAAAAUGUAUUCAAUCAUCGCUUGCCAUUUUUUAAAAAAAACAAAGUUGAAACAAUUUUGAGUCCCAAGAUGUUUAUAGCCAUGCAUGUAUGAUUCAAGCAAGCUGGAAGACAAGUCUGCUCCUGAGCCUCUCUUUAAGUCUCGCGGCCACUCAUAUACCUGCUGGUGGCCACCACUCCUCCUUCUCCACUCCACUCCAGUGUAAGGCAGCCCGGAUACUUUUCCUAAGCAGCCCCUCCUCUAGAGCACCUGCCAGAGUCUGGCCUGUCACGACUACUGCUGGUGGAGGCUCAGCCCCUUAUUAGCUUCGUUAAGUCUUUCUCUAUAAGCAAUGAUCCCAAACACUUUGAUUUCCGCUGUGUCUGUCAUUGUGUUGUGUGAAAUUCUCAUUCCACAACUCCCUGUCGUCGGAAGCCAUGAAGCAUCCACCUGGUCUCUUUCACUGUCCCUGCCUUGGGCGAUGGACUCUGCAGAGUAUCCAAAGGCAUCUGUUUAUAAUCUACAACUAGACGCCCCCUUCUUGCUUUAAAAAACCAAAGGCUGCCUGUAUUGCAUCACUUUGGGAGUUGCUAAGAUUGUAAGUUUUUCUAAUGCUUCACAUUAAAUAAUUUUGCUUGAAUUUCUCACUGAUAAAUACUGUUAAAUCAGUGUUGAGCAAACUGUAGUGCAUGUUAGAGGGAAGGCAUUCCCCCUUCAGCAGGGACAUGGGCAUAUGCACAUAUGCCAGUAUAUAACCCACCAUUCCAGGAGCGGAAGGAUGGCUGCAGAGAAACUGGUUAUCUAGUAUGGUGAUCAUUAGUGUUGGUCUUGGCAACCAGCAUCACUUUAGGCAGUAGCUAAUCAGUACGCCUGCCACAAUGGACAGCGUUUGUCAGUGUAAAGACAAAAAUAUUCCGUGUUAAGAAAGCCAGCUGUUUUAAUUUCCUUUGAUGUUUUAAAGACUGACAGAAUUGUUGAAAAACCUUUGAAAAUAUUAAGGGAAAUUCAUUUAAUCUUCUAGGUCUGGGACAUCAGUCUAAUCCAUAUUCCACUCAUUCAUUAUUUGGCAUGUGUCUGGUGCUGGGAAUAAUGCAAACAUAAAAAUAAUUCAGAUAAUCUCCAUUCACCAGAACUCAUGGAUAGGCAUAAUACAGUUAAAUCGAUAGAUGCAACCAGAUCUGUUUUUCCAAACUUACACAUCUUUAAUAAAAGAAAAAUGAAAACAUCU